AUGGCACUUGAAGAGGAUCUGUCGUGUCCCGUGUGUACGGAGCUCUUCCGUGAGCCCGUGUUAUUGAGCUGUGGACACAGUUACUGCCGUCGGUGUAUUACCGAUCAUUGGACGACGAGCCGGUCCAGAAGCUGUCCGGUCUGUCGCCAGCUCUCCCCGCACGAGCCUCUCUCCAAUCUGAGCCUUCGCAACGCCUGCGAGACGUACGUGAAAGAACGCAGAUCCGGCAAACAGAAGGAUAAAGGUCUGCUGUGUCAAAUACACGGAGAGAAAGUUCAGCUCUUUUGCCAAACAGAAGAACUGCCCAUAUGUGCGGAGUGUAAAAAACACGAGCACAAAUACCACAAAACACAAACUCUGCCGCAAACUGUGCGCCUGCGCAAGGGGAAGCUUAAAGCAGCUCUACGUCCAGUUGAGAAGACCCUAUUAUCAUUACAGAAUGGUACAUCACAGGAUGGUGAAAUCUCUAAAUACAUUCAGACUCAAACUCGGCAGACUGAAAAGAAACUCAAGGAAGAGUUCAGGAAGCUUCAUCAGUUCCUCAAAAGGGAGGAGGAAAGCAGGAUAGCUGCUCUGAAUAAAGAAGAGAAAGAAAAGAGAGGAAAGAUGGAGAGAAGAAUAAAGGGAAGAAUACAGUCACUCUCAGAUAUGAUCAGAGAGGUGGAGGAGGAAAUCAUGGAUGAUGACAUCAACUUCCUUCAGAAUUACAACAGCAUUAUGAACAGAAUUGAGUACACAAUCCUAGAUCCAUGGUUGUGUUCAGAAGCUUUAAUUGAUGUUUCUAAACAUCUGGGAAACCUGAAGUACAACGUGUGGGAGAAGAUGAAGGACAUCUGCCCUUAUUAUCCCAUGACUCUGAACCCAAACACAGCUGCACCAUGCUUCUCAGUAUCUGAUGAUCUGACCUCUGUGACCUUGUGUGUUCAUCAACAGGAUGAUCCCAACCCUCUUGGUUUUGUACAACGAGUCAUUGCCACUUUACCAUGAUAGGAUAAAAAUGAAGCAGCCUAGAAAUCGCGCUGGAAAUUAAAAUGCCAGGUACUUGUCUCCUUUGUUUUUUCUUCUUUUUAUGCUGGAGACAAGUUAUGAUUAAAAUGAACAGUAGAUGUUGUUUCGGUUUGUUAGCCUUUGCUUCAGCGUGUGUUUUCCCAGCCGUCGUCAAUCGAUGAUGUAAAACUGCGGAUGCGUUUGUUUGCGUGCGUCCGAUUUUUAAAAGUCUUUAAACUCGUACAAUCUGACAUUGAUGGAAACUGAGAUCAUAUAGCGUGACAUGAACUUAAUUACGAUCUUAAUCGCACAGUGUGGCAAGCAACAAUCCUAAAAGACAGAGUGUAUACCGGGCUUUAAACAUGAGUUUAACCAGCAGGAGACUUGACUUAGACUCUAAAUACUCGUCUGAACUAAUAAUGACUUAAUUUAUCAAUAAAUUAAAAUAAAGGUGGAGUUUGGUGGUGAGAUGCCAGAUAAAUACAGUAGUGACGUGGAAGCAAAGGGAUAAAUGCUUUUAGAAUUUAUAUAUUAUAUACUUUUAUUAUGUAAAUUAGUUUUGAAGUUUCAGCAGUCAGGUGCUUUGUUUCUUAGUGAUGUGUAUAA